AUGUUGUCACUGGCACUGCUCUACAUUUUGGCUGUGGUUUGUUCCGCACGGAGAACUCACGCAUUGCCUCUGUACUCCGACGGCGCACUGCCGGAACAGGAAGAUUUGAUUCAGAAACUGGUUGCAGAGGUUGAAGAUGGUCAGAGUAAUGACUUAACAGAUCAAAGAGACAUCAAAAACUUUUUUCAUCGAGGUGCAAAAGAAACCUUGCAGCGGGAGAAAACGAGUAGCAUGGUGGAUGAUUUAAAGACAGUUGUCUUGAAACUAGCAGCAGCUGAUAAUCUGCGUUCUCAAGGCUUUCUACGAUCCGAGCAAAACCUGCCCAAAAACAAUAAGAGAGCCUGCUUCUGGAAGUACUGCGUAACAAACUAGGAGUUUAUUCCCAUAGAUGAGGAAAGGAUCACUCCACUGUAGUCUUUCUGUACAAACAUCUGAAAUAUAUGCUUUUGUUCCCCCUUAAAAUAUCUAUGAA